AUGAGCACACGCAAUUUCAAAGACUCUCUUGCACCAUCAUCAUUAUUCGGACUUUCGUCCACCCAUACACUACCUUCUCCUUCCCAUCACUCCUCACACAUUUCCUUCCGUUCUCUCCUCUUCUCCAAACAUCGAGUAAAUCUUUUCAAAUUAUUCAUUCUUUGCACUUUUAUCAUCACCAUUAUUUAUUUAUAUUAUCAAAUUGUUCAUAACAAACGAAUAACCACCACAUCCACUCGGUUCGAGAAUAUUUCCAAAUCAUCACAUUCUCAAAAUUCUUCUUCGAAUGAUCAACAUUUGAAUCAUCACACAAAUCAAAACAUGAUGAAUCAUAAAACGAUGAAUCAUGUGAACAACAAGGAUGACAAUACACUAAAAGCAUCCAACUCAUUCCCACCACCACAAGAAUUGCCACUUUUUCCAAGAUAUGAUAUUCAUAUGAAAUUGAAUGGAAAUUAUCGAUGUAAUUACAAAUUCGAAGGUCAAGCUCAUUACACGUAUUAUUCGUGUCAUUUUGAUGAUUUGUGUUUGGCAACGAGAGGUGAAUUUGUGUUAUUUCAUCCAAAAAAUCGACUCUUCCGUGGAAAUGAAAGUGAAUAUUUCAAACAUUUCAACGAACAGAUUUGGACCUAUUCACAGGGAAGAUUGGAAACUCAGAGAGGUGAUUUUCGAGUUCGAAUUUUGGAUCAAGAAUUGACCUUAAAGUUGGAUCAUCCAACCAAAGCACCAAUAGCAGUCAGCAAAAACGAUCAAGAUAAUGAAAAUGUCAAUCAAGAAGAGACAACAACUCGAAAAAUUGUGACAUUGGAUUCGAAUUUUCGCUAUUUUCCAAAACCUGUGUAUGCCUUGAAAAGAUAUGCCUCGGGAAAUAUGGGACACUUUAUUUUUGAUAACAUUGCCAUGGUCAUUGCUCAACAAAUGGAAUUUGAAUUUACCUUUGCUCCUACGUAUGACGAUUUUAAAAAGUUGCUCGACAAUCACAUUCUCUAUUUGGAUGAUCUUUUCGAUCAUUCACUUCACAAUUGGAUUGGUACCUACCAUUAUGAUGAAAAACAAUCGGACGAUAUUACUCUGGAGGUAUCGAGAUAUGUGACUUCAAAUCCAAUACUUCAACUGUGUAAAACAAAAGACAAGUAUUCACUUGAAAAAUUACCAUGUCGAAAUGCAGAAGAUGUCCCACUCGUUUCAGAGCCAUCUCCUCAACAUGUGACAUUGGCAGCAUGUUUUUCACAAUUUCGUGUUGGAGCAGAACCUGUUUUUAAGAGUUUUCCAGGAAGAGAAUUUGUAUUUAGCUUUUAUCGACAAUUGACAUUUCAUCAAUUAGGAAUUUAUCCUUUACCAAGUGAAGAAGACGACUCGACCAAAAUGAUUCCUUACUUGAACAAGAAACCAAUCAAAGUUGUCAUUCACAAAAAACCUAUCCACAAGAGUUCACACGGAAAAGUUAUUUACAACGUUGACGAAAUUUAUCAAGCCCUAAAAACUCGAAUUCCUUCCGACCCAUAUUUGAAAUUAUAUCAUUCACACCAACGAAUUGAAAUACAAGUUUUGGAAUUUGCUCAUUUACCUCUCUCUCAACAAGUUCAAUACUUUUCCGAUAUUGAUGUUUACAUUGCCGAUCAAGGAAGUGCUUCUUAUUAUUCAGUGUAUUUGAGAAAGGACACGACUGCCAUUGUUGGUCCUUCAUGUUGGAUGAAAGAAAAUUUAGAUACUGGCUGUUGGGUCGGUGAAGGUUUCAUGACCAUUGAAGGUAUUUCACAUGCGAAUAUUGUUUCGUAUUUGGAAAUUGAUCACAAAAAUUCGUGUAAGCCAAGACCUACUGAAAAAGACAAGGAAGGAUGUGAUCCAAUAUUUGAUCCAGAUUUGAUUGUAGAGACUGUGAGUGCCAUGUUGAAAAAGAGAUAUUUGAAAAUGGUUCAGAAUCAAAUGUUUUAG